CCAGUCAGGGCUCACUGUUUUAUUUUAGUAACCUUUCAGAAAAUGGAAUCAUCAAGACAGAUAAAGUAUUUGAAGUAAUGCUGGCUACAGACCGUGCCCACUAUGCAAAAUGUAACCCUUAUAUGGAUUCUCCACAAUCAAUAGGUUUCCAAGCAACAAUCAGUGCUCCACACAUGCAUGCAUAUGCACUAGAACUUCUAUUUGAUCAACUGCAUGAAGGAGCUAAAGCUCUUGAUGUAGGAUCUGGAAGUGGAAUCCUUUCUGCAUGUUUUGCACGUAUGGUUGGAGCUAGUGGAAAAGUCGUAGGAAUUGACCACAUUAAAGAGUUAGUAGACGACUCAAUAAAUAAUGUCAGAAAGGACGAUCCAACACUUUUGUCUUCAGGGAGAGUGCAACUGGUUGUGGGGGAUGGAAGAAUGGGAUAUGCCGAAGAAGCCCCUUAUGAUGCUAUUCACGUAGGCGCCGCAGCCCCCGUUGUGCCCCAGGCACUAAUAGACCAGUUAAAGCCUGGUGGAAGAUUGAUAUUGCCAGUCGGUCCUGCGGGUGGAAAUCAGAUGCUGGAGCAGUACGACAAGCUGCAAGACGGCAGUGUCAAAAUGAAACCUCUGAUGGGAGUGAUAUACGUGCCUUUAACAGAUAAAGAAAAGCAGUGGUCCAGGUGGAAGUGAUUUUACCUUCUGCUCUUUCUUCUUCCACACAUGCAAGGUGAAAGGGUGUGGAUUUUAAGACAUUAGCCUGCAAGAGCUGCUUUUUUAGUCAUUACUUUUAUGCUGCUCCAUUUUAACAUCAGAAAUUCACUACAUUAAAAAUGUAGAAAA